GCUUUUUAGUAAAGAGGAAGUGUUAAAACAUUGUUGGGAUCAGGUUGGAGGGAUUCGACUAAACAUCAGCAUCUAAAAAGUGACUGGCUGUCUCUGUCUCUUGCGUGGUAGCUCUAAGGAAGAAGGCGUGACUAUACAGACACAACCACAACGACAACAAUAUUGAACUGCGCCCAUGUUACAGUCCUAACCUAUUUCGAAUGCAUCGGACAUAAUAAUAAAGGAGACAACAAGUGCACGCUAUAACAAGUUUGUUGGGGAUAAGUUAUCUGAUGUUAGGCAGCAGAGGAAGAUGCAUUUUCUCUUUCAACGCUGAAGAUCAACGCCUGUUCAACAACAACAAACAAUCUCGUGGACGUGAACUAGGAAACGGGCGAUGCCAUGACCGUCUGUUAGUUUUACCGGAUGAUUUCUAUCGGAUUAAGCUGUAAAUUCACCAAACGAGACAUACGGCAUCGAUUUAGUCGCCAAAAAGCAGCGCGCGGACGAGUCGGAAACUCGCGCGCCAUUGAAAACAAAAUUUGUUCUGUUUUAAACAGAGUUCCGACAAUCUGAGGCUGUUAGACAUAAGUGCCUCUUGCACUACUGGUGUCCCCACCCCAGGCAGGUGUGACUCGUUCGUACGACGUCACAAAUGCGACCAUGGGAAGUAGCAGUGAGUAGGCGGCCAUCAACAGCCCCCUUAAACCAGAGGAGGGUCGUCGGGGAGCCUUGCAUCACCCCUCUGCACUUCAGGAGAAGUCCUCCAGUACGACGUCAGUGGGGACAGCGGGAUAGACCUACUGUGCACACUUCCCUUCAUCAGGAUGAGAACUUUCACCACCCUGUCUUCUCCCAGCAUCAGCAGAUUCAUUUAGAUGAGUCCAGGCAAUAUAGCCACACCAGUGCACCUCCACGCAUGCUGCAUACUGCCACACAACCCCCACCACAGAGCUCCAUCAUGGUGGAUCUUCACGAACAGAUGCAUCAAGGAUCAGUUCCGAUAUCUUACACAGUUACCACGGUGACGACCCAUGGUUUUCCCAUCCACACCGGGCAACCUAUCCCAGCCUGCAAUGCUCAGCAGCUCCCAGCAUGCUCGGUAAUGUUCAGCGGACAGCUCUCUCUGCUCUGCUGCCUUCCUCCUCCACUCAUUCAGGCCUGCACCAUGCAGCAUCUGCCUGUGUCCUAUCAGACAUUUCCACCGCUGAUCUCCAGUGAGCAUUUCAUCCUGCACCCCAGUCCACCAGUGCCACCCCACCAGCCUCCUCAUCUGCCUCCACUCAACCAGUUUGUCCCCAUACAGCCCCAGCACCCGCGCAUGCCUCUGCAGAGGGUGGAGAAUGAAGUGGAUCUGCGAGGAGACCAGCAUCCGUUAGGAACAUUCUCGUAUCCUCCAGCCCACCAUCCACCAGCAAUGGCCCCCUCCGUGCCCCUCCAGUACCUCCCCCAGGAGCCCCUCCAUCAAGAGCUACCCUACGGAGUGCCAUAUCCGCACAUGCUGCCGAGGCGUAUAACUGGACAGAGGUACCGAUUACAGCAGCCUCUGCCUCCCCCGCCCCCUCCGCUGCCCUACUACCCGGGCUUCUUACCAUACUUCCUCUCGAUGCUUCCUGUGCCUCCAACUGCUGUGGGUCCUGCUAUCAGUCUGGACUUGGAUGUAGAUGAUGUGGAGAUGGAGAAUUAUGAGGCAUUAUUAAACCUUGCUGAGAGACUCGGAGAAGCGAAACCUCGAGGACUAACGAAAGCCGAUAUAGAGCAACUUCCGUCGUACAGGUUUAAUUUAGAAAACCACCAAUCUGAGCAAACUCUGUGUGUUGUAUGCUUUAGUGAUUUUGAGUCAAGGCAGCUACUUCGAGUAUUACCAUGCAACCAUGAAUUUCAUGCAAAAUGUGUGGACAAAUGGUUAAAGACCAAUCGCACCUGUCCAAUCUGUCGAGCCGACGCGUCUGAAGUUCACCGCGAUGUGGAAUGAGUUCAGGUUUUUGUCCAUCACUGGAAAACAGCACAAAUCCUUGAGUGUGUUCUGUGAGUGGGGACACCUGAUCUCCAGCCAAACGCAAAUCUACCCCCACCCCACUCCCAACCCCACCUCUACAAUAAGCAAUCUCAGAAUUUGUACCGAACCUGUUUGACCUCUGCUGUGUGUCAUUGUGUGAGUUCCACGAAAGCUACUGCCGCCUAUAGCCACAUCCGAGUUCUGGAAUAAUGACCGUUUUUUGUUUUGUUUCCUCUUUCUUUUUCAUCAACCUGCCCUUGUUUCGCAGAUUCCAAAGAUAACCUGUAAUCCGUGUUGUGUUGGCAUAUUCGUUUACGCCGUUGAAUAUUCUCUAGUUGUUUGAUCACAGAUAAUUAAAACCGUGCUUUAGUGUCAUUAGGGACCACGGGAGUGGGCCUGGAUGAUG